UUUACGUUUUACUGUUUAUUGUAUGCAUUUGAUUCUAUUCAUUUUUAUAAUGUAUGUAUUGGUAUAUUUAUAGUUUGAUUCCUUCCUUUUUUUCAACUUCAGGUUGGGUUUUCUCGGAACCUGAUGAAAAUCUGGAUAUAGUUUAUGUUUCUCGGAUUUGAUUUGAACACUGAUUUCAGCCUUUGGGUAUGGGGAAAUCAUCGAUAUCUAGACUGUGCACUAUUUUUACACUUGUUCAUAUCCUUUUAGUUCAUCAAUCCAAAGGGCUCAACUCCGAGGGUCAGUAUCUUCUUGAAAUCAAGAGUAAUCUUGUUGACAAGUUUGAUAAUUUGGGCAAUUGGAACCCUAAUGACCCAACCCCUUGUGGAUGGAAUGGUGUAAGUUGUGCCACCAUUGAUUAUUAUUAUUACGACGUUGUUGUUCAGUCCCUUAAUUUGAGUUCAAUGAACCUGUCUGGUUUUUUGUCUCCAAGCAUUGGUGGAUUGGUUCAUUUGAAUUCCCUUGAUCUUUCCUACAAUGGGUUGUCUAAGAAUAUUCCAAAAGAGAUUGGAAAUUGUUCAAAUUUGGAGAUUCUCAGUCUCCAUGACAAUGAAUUUGAAGAUCAAAUUCCCAAAGAAUUAGGCAUCCUUUCAUAUCUGACAACUCUUGAUAUACACAACAAUAGAUUAUCAGGGCCUUUCCCUGAUGAGAUUGGGAAUCUUUCUUCUUUGACACAAUUGCUUGCAUAUAGCAACAAUAUCAAUGGAUCAUUGCCAAGAUCUCUUUGUAAUCUUAGGAGACUAAAGAGUUUUCGAGCCGGUCAGAAUCUGUUGACAGGGAGUUUACCUUCAAAUUUAGGUUCACGUAAGAGCUUGCAGUAUCUUGGUCUUGCACAAAAUGUGUUAACCGGAUCAAUACCGAAAGGGAUCAGACGGCUUAAGAAUUUGAGAGAGUUGAUCCUUUGGGGUAAUCAGCUUUCUGGUUUAAUUCCAGAAGAGAUUGGAAAUUGUACAAAUUUGAGAACUCUUGCUUUGUAUGAAAACAAGCUUGUUGGAAGGGUCCCCAAGGAGCUUGGGAGCAUUAUAGAUCUCAAGCGGUUAUUCCUUUACAGAAAUAAGUUGAAUGGAACAAUCCCAAGGGAGAUUGGGAACCUCUCAUUUGCGGAACAAAUCGAUUUUUCGGAGAAUUUGUUGACCGGAGAGAUACCAGUUGAGUUUAGUAACAUAAAAGGAUUGCAGUUGCUUUAUCUUUUUGAAAACCAGCUUACUGGUGUUAUCCCUGUUGACCUUACCUGUUUGAAGAACUUGUCAAAGCUUGAUCUUUCCAUAAAUUAUCUCACUGGUCGGAUUCCAACCGGGUUUCAAUAUUUGGAAAAACUUAUCAUGUUUCAGCUCUUUGAGAAUUCAUUCACUGAUACCAUUCCUCAGAAGCUUGGGGCUUAUAGCUCACUUUGGGUAGUUGAUUUAUCAGACAAUCAACUUACAGGAAGGAUCCCUCGGCAUCUUUGUCGAAACUCGAACCUGAUCUUUCUCAACCUUGGGAUAAACAAGCUCACUGGGAAUAUUCCAUCUGGUGUUGAAAAUUGCCAAUCAUUAGUUCAACUUCUUUUAGCUGGAAAUAGCCUUACAGGGAGUUUUCCAUCAAAUCUUUGCAAGUUGGUUAAUCUAUCUGCAGUCGAGCUAGGCCAGAACACGUUCAGCGGACCUAUUCCCGUGGAGAUUGGAAACUGCAAAGCUUUGCAAAGGCUACACCUCUUCAAUAACUACUUUACAUCGGAGUUGCCGAGAGAGAUAGGAAAUCUGUUGCAGUUGGCGAGCUUUAACGUCUCGUCAAACUCUUUUGUAGGAAGGGUACCACCAGAACUGUUUAACUGCAAAAUGCUUCAACGACUCGAUCUCAGUAGGAACAGAUUUAUGGGAAGUUUACCUGGUGAUAUUGGAAAACUACCUCAGUUGGAGCUUCUCAAGCUCUCAGACAAUGAUCUGUCCGGGAUAAUACCUCCAGAGCUCAGAAAUCUUGUUCGGUUGACCGAGUUACAAAUGGGGGGCAAUUCAUUCAGUGGAAAUAUACCAGCUGCAUUGGGUGCUCUUUCAGGCUUGCAAAUUGCGUUGAAUCUCAGCUAUAACAAUCUCUCUGGAGUUAUCCCUCCUGAGCUCGGAAAUCUUGUUUUAUUGGAAUACCUUAUGCUUAAUAAAAACCAUUUGAGUGGCGAAAUUCCGAGCUCUUUUUCCAAUCUAUCAAGCUUAUUCGGAUGCAACUUUUCAUAUAAUGACUUAACAGGGCCUAUACCGUCCCUACCACGCCUUGGUAACAUGGCUAUCAGCAGCUUUAUCGGGAACGAAGGCCUCUGUGGAGGUCCUCUUGGUGGUUGUAAUCCACCAUCAUCUUCAUCCCCUCUUGUGCCAGAUACAAAAGAUAAAAGUAUCCGCUUAGGUAAAGUUAUGGCUAUAGUUGCUGCAACCAUUGGUGGAGUUUCUCUCAUUAUAAUAACAGUCAUCAUAUAUUUCAUGAGGAGGCCAGUUGGAAUGGUUACUACUUUGCGAGAAACGCCACCAGCCACUCAAGUUUCAGACAUUUACUUCUCCCCAAAGGAAGGGUUCACUUUCAGGGACUUGGCUGCAGCGACUAAGAAUUUCGAUGAGAGGUUUGUUAUUGGUAGGGGAGCUUGUGGAACUGUAUAUAAAGCUGUCUUACCAAGUGGUCAAGCCAUUGCUGUUAAGAAGCUUGCAUCACAACAAGAAGGCAAUAAUAACAUCGACAACAGCUUCCGAACCGAAAUUCUAACGUUGGGGAAUAUCAAGCACCGGAACAUUGUGAAGCUUUACGGUUUCUGCUAUCACCAAGGUUCGAAUCUCCUCCUUUAUGAAUACAUGUCAAGAGGUAGCUUGGGAGAGCAGUUGCAUGGUACAUCCUGCAAUCUUGAUUGGAGAACAAGGUUCUUGAUUGCCUUAGGGGCUGCUCAAGGCCUUGCUUACCUGCAUCAUGAUUGCAAGCCUCGGAUUUUUCACCGCGAUAUAAAGUCAUAUAACAUAUUGCUUGACGAAAAGUUUGAAGCUCAUGUCGGUGAUUUCGGAUUAGCCAAAAUCAUUGACAUGCCACAAUCCAAUACAAUGUCGGCAAUUGCAGGCUCCUAUGGCUACAUUGCUCCUGAAUAUGCAUACACCAUGAAAGUGACCGAAAAAUGCGACAUCUAUAGCUACGGAGUUGUCCUAUUGGAGUUGCUAACCGGCAGAUCACCCAUUCAAACUCUAGAUCAAGGCGGAAACCUCGUAACAUGGGUGAGAAAUUAUGUUCAAGAUAACUUGCUCUCACCUGAAAUACUGGAUGCUCGACUGAAUCAACGAGAUGAAAAAAGUGUUCGUCAUAUGAUAACAGUCCUGAAAAUUGCUUUGAUAUGCACCAGCAUGUCUCCUUCGGAUAGACCGACGAUGCGGGAAGUUGUUCUGAUGCUUAUCGAGUCAAAUCAGCGUGAAAGCCAGUUUGAUAUCUACCCUACUUGUGACACGGAUUGACCCUGAUCAAUCCUAUAAUCUUGUAUGUACUAUACUUCUUAUCAACCAUUACCAUUUUUACAAUUUACACAGAAAGUAUAUGCUAAUCCUACACUUGU